UUGUGAACUGUCAAAAACGGCUGUUGUUAUCAGCACUUCAAGAAACUAAUCCAUGUGUGUUCCAACUAUACACACACAAACAAUCAUAUAUAUUUGGUAGCAUUUGUACAUAUAUAGUAUAGACAUUCAUAUAGAAUUUUGUACAUAAAAAGACAUAAAAUUAUAAAUUAAAAAUAAAUGUUGUAAAUAUCAAAUACUUCAUCCAACUAUUAUCUCGUUAUCAGUAUUCUGUUCCCCACAAGUAACAUCCAAAUUGAUUUAAAAUUUUAAUCAGUUCAUAUAGAAGUCAUUAAGGCACCAGAAUAGAAUAUUUAACAAGUAGCCAAAGAGCAACCAUAACAACCAAAUAUUGAACAAAAUGAAUACUCAACAAAAAUUGGAUUAUAUUAAUCAACAUAUUGGAGUUCAUCCCGAUUUUCCCAAAAAAGGCAUUGUAUUCCGCGAUAUUUUUGGAGCCUUAACUGAUGGUCAAACAUGUAAAUAUAUUAAAGAAGUUUUAUUGGAACAUGUACGCACUGAACAUCCCGAUGUUGAUAUUAUUGUCGGUUUAGAAUCACGUGGUUUCCUAUUUAAUCUGAUGCUGGCAUCAGAAUUGGGAAUUGGUUGUGCUCCCAUACGCAAGAAGGGAAAAUUACCGGGAAAAUGUGUAUCAGUUGAAUACACUUUGGAAUAUGGUUCGGACAUUUUCGAAAUUCAAACCGAUGCCAUUAAACCCGGACAAAAGGUACUUAUUAUUGAUGAUCUAUUGGCUACUGGUGGUUCCUUGGAGGCAGCUGUUAAACUAGUACGCAAAGCGGGCGGUGAAGUUGUUAAGUGUUUGGUUGUUAUGGAAUUGGAAUUUUUAGAGGGACGCAAAAAAGUCGAUAGCAAAGUUCAUUCCCUCUUAAAAUACUAAAACCGGAUAUUUAAAAGAAAAAACUAAGCACAAUUUAAUUUUAAAACGCAAUAGAAGACAAAUACGUAUGUAUACCUGAAGCAAUGAAUGCAUUUAAAAAUUUUUUAAAAAAAUAUAUUUUUGUGUAAAAUAUUUUUUUAAAUAAAUAAAUGUGUGUAAAUAAAGUCAAUAAUAAUAAUAAAAUCAUUUUGUCUCUUGGCAUUCAGACAUAUAAGACGUAAUUUAGAUAGAGAAGAACUUUAGAAAAUAUUAAAAACUUUGAAAAUAAAAUUUUACUAACAUUUUCUCAUUAGUGUAAAAGUACACUCAAUACCUAGCUAUAGUGAAUAUUUUUUGUAUUUAUUUGUGAUUGAAAUAAAUUAAAAAUAAAUAUGUCUAUCAAUUAAA